AAUUUUAUGUAACGUAAUCAGUAUGAUGUCAAAAUGAAGCCCUGUUUUGUACUCCUUUUGGGUCUAACUUGCACUUUUGCAAAAAACCCUAUACUUUCUGAUGAAUUUAUUAAUUCGAUCAACGCAAAACAAUCAACAUGGAUCGCUGGACGCAACUUCCCUGAAGACACACCCAUAGAAUACCUGAAACGUCUAAAUGGAGCCCUUAUAAGUCCCGAACUUCUCAACAAAACCCAAACACAUGUUAUCAACGUAAUCCCGGAAGCAAUUCCAGAAACUUUUGAUGGUAGAACACAUUGGAGUCAAUGUCCGUCUCUUAAGAGUAUCCGAGAUCAAGGACGUUGCGGUUCUUGUUGGGCUUUUGGGUCUGUUGAAGUGAUGACAGAUCGGCUUUGCAUCGCCAGUAACGGGGCAAAAAAAUUUGAAUUUUCUGCCGAUGACCUUCUGGCCUGUUGUACUACUUGUGGCACAGGCUGCGAUGGAGGAGCUCCUUUAAAAGCAUUUGAAUAUUGGGUUGCUAAAGGAAUAGUUUCAGGAGGAGACUAUAAAUCAAAUAAAGGUUGCCAACCAUAUGAAGGAAGUGCUUACUUAAAUUCUGUGACACCAAAAUGUUCAACUAAAUGUUUGAAUACCAACUACCAAACUGCUUAUAACAAUGAUAAGCAUUAUGGUACUGAUUAUUUCUACUUGACUAAUAAAAAUGUUCAAGAUAUACAAACUGAAAUUUUGAACAACGGUCCAGUCGUAACCCAUAUGGAUGUAUACCAGGAUUUCUAUUCUUAUAAAUCUGGGGUAUAUCAACAUGUAUCAGGGGCAAGUAUGGGAGGACACGCUGUCAAAAUUGUAGGCUGGGGUACUGAAAAUGGGGUACCCUAUUGGUUAAUCGCCAAUUCAUGGGGGGCGGGAUGGGCUGACCUGGACGGUUUUUACAAAAUUCUAAGAGGCAAAAAUCAUUGCAAAAUUGAAAAUUACAUUUAUGGAGGCACCCCUCAAGUGUAACCUUUGAUAAUAAAUAAGAAUC